UCUCCGACUCCCUGGCAUACUUGCUGCACCCUUCAGUGUUUACCAGCGUCAGUGUCUCCCUCACUGUCUCCUUGUGCCAGUGUCUGCGUCUCCCUCCACCAGUGUCUGCCUGCGUCUCCCUCCACCAGUGUCUGCCUGCGUCUCCCUCCAUCAGUGUCUGCCUGCGUCUCCCUCCACCAGUGUCUGCCUGCGUCUCCCUCCACCAGUGUCUGCCUGCGUCUCCCUCCACCAGUGUCUGCCUGCGUCUCCCUCCACCAGUGUCUGCCUGCGUCUCCCUCCACCAGUGUCUGCCUGCGUCUCCCUCCAUCAGUGUCUGCCUGCGUCUCCCUCCACCAGUGUGUAUCUGAGAGCCGACCAGCUGCUGAUGGAUAGUUUGGUGGGUGGUGCCGGUGGGUGCGUGCUGGUACAAGACCUGACUGAAGCUUUACAGGUGGGUCAGGUCAGCAGGCUGGGUGCUGACAGUGGACCUUACCGGUGUAAUGUUUGCAACCAGAACCUCGCCUCCAAGUACUCCAUUAAGACUCACCUCAACACACAGAAACACCAGAAUAAGUUUGUGUCACCUCAAACACCGUCGUUCCCUGCACGGCCUGCCACACUCACUCUAGUGUCACCUCAAGCACCGUCGUUACCUGCACGACCUGCCACACUCACUCUAGUGUCACCUCAAGCACCGUCGUUACCUGCACGACCUGCCACACUCACUCUAGUGUCACCUCAAGCACCGUCGUUACCUGCACGACCUGCCACACAUAACACAUUCACUCAGCAAAGUUCACAGAUCUUCAGCAACACUAAGCAUUGUUUACAUCUUAGUGGCAAAUUUUUUGAUUCUGGUAGUGGGCAGCUGGUGCAAGACUUGACCGAGGCCGUGCAGGUGGGUCAAGUGACCCAGCUGGGUGACGAGAAGGGACCUUACCGGUGUAAUGUUUGCGACCAGAACCUCGCCUCCAAGACCUCCAUCAAGACCCACCUCACGACCCAGAAACACCAGAAUAAGGUGGGCGGCGCAGGUGUGGGUGGCGCAGGUGUGGGUGGCGUAGGUGUGGGUGGCGCAGGUGUGGGCGGCGCAGGUGUGGGCGGCGCAGGUGUGGGUGGCGCAGGUGUGCGCGGCACUGGUGUUGGUGGGGCAGGUGGCUGGCAACUGGUGCAAGACUUGACCGAGGCCGUGCAGGUGGGUCAAGUGACCCAGCUGGGUGACGAGAAGGGACCUUACCGGUGUAAUGUUUGCGACCAGAAGCUCGCCUCCAAGACCUCCAUCAAGACCCACCUCACGACCCAGAAACACCAGAAUAAGGUAAAGGUAAGCGGUACAGGUGUGGGCGUCGCGGGUGUGGGUGGUGCAGGUGUGGGCGUCGAAGGCGUGGGUGGUGCAGGUGUGGACGUCGCAGGUGUGGGUGGUGCAGGUGGCAGGCAGCAAGUGGACGAGUUGACCGAGGCUCUCCAAGCUGGUCAAGUCACCAUGAUAGAAACUGAGAACGGACCUUACUGCUGCAAUGUUUGUGAGCAGAACCUCGCCUCCAAGGCCUCCAUCAGGUCUCACCUCUGCACUCAGAAACAUCAGAAAAUGUUGGAUUUACGAGCAUUGUUGUGUCCGGAAUCUGUGCAACAGGGACCAGUCAUGACCAACACACCUCAGCAACCUGUGCAACAGGGACCAGUCAUGACCAACACACCUCAGCAACUUUUGCAACAGGAGGAUGAGGUAGUAACAGAAGCAUUAGCGGCAGGUCACGUCAACUUAAUGAGUGACGGUGUGAGGUACAGGUGUAAUAUGUGUAAAAGAUUCUUCGUCUCUCCGGCCUCUCUGAGGAGCCACGUCAGAAGUCUAAAACACCAAAUAAAGAUUCUUAUGGACGAGGAGGAUAAGCAAGAAUGUGGAACACCCAGAAGUGUUAGUAACGGUUCAGUGAUUGAGACUGACGACAAGUCUUCUCCUUACUGGUGCAGGAAGUGUUGCCAACCCAUCAACAACAUUAUAUCCCUCAAGAAACACCGAUCCUGCAUCAAGGUCACAAGGGUCAAUCAAUCCUCGGACCUCAAGUUGGAUGAGUUUGGCAGUUACACAGUGAGGUCGAUUCCCAGGGGCCACGUUUACGUUUUCAACUACAAGUUCCCUCCCCCAUACCAGCGAGCUGGAGCUGAACACGACUCCACCAAUAUUCGUGAAAUCUUCACUGAGCUGGGCUAUAAGGUCUUUAUCCACGAAGACCUCACCAAAAAACAAACGCUUGACACAAUCAAAGAUAUUCGAAAGGACCCAAAGUUGCACAACGUAGAUUCCUUCAUAGCUUUCUUCUUGAGCCAUGGAGAAAAUGCUUACGAAUUUCAGACCUAUGACAAGAAAAGAUUAGAACUUAAGAAUCUUAGGAGUGAGUUUUCCGACACAAAAUGUCCACAACUGAAGAAGAAACCGAAAAUCUUCAUGGCCAACUACUGCCGGGGAAGAAGCAUAGAGAAAGUGGAUUUUGACGACAAAAGAGUCGAAGUCACACAAGACAUUGUGACGAUUCAUGCAACCACAGAAGGAGUGAUGGCGCUCAGGUCCCAUGACAAAGGCACUAUCUUCAUCAAAUGUCUGUGUGAUGUGCUGAGGGACAUUAAAGGCACCAUAGACCUGAGGACAAUUUAUGGCAGGCUGUACCUUAGCAUGAUGCGCUGUGGAGGCACAAAACCCAUGUGGGAAGACGUGGGAUUCAGAAACUUUUACUUUCAAGUCACAAGGGUCAAUCAAUCCUCGGACCUCAAGUUGGAUGAGUUUGGCAGUUACACAGUGAGGUCGAUUCCCAGGGGCCACGUUUACGUUUUCAACUACAAGUUCCCUCCCCCAUACCAGCGAGCUGGAGCUGAACACGACUCCACCAAUAUUCGUGAAAUCUUCACUGAGCUGGGCUAUAAGGUCUUUAUCCACGAAGACCUCACCAAAAAACAAACGCUUGACACAAUCAAAGAUAUUCAAAAGGACCCAAAGUUGCACAAUGUAGAUUCCUUCAUAGCUUUCUUCUUGAGCCAUGGAGAAAAUGCUUACGAAUUUCAGACCUAUGACAAGAAAAGAUUAGAACUUAAGAAUCUUAGGAGUGAGUUUUCCAGCACAAAAUGUCCACAACUGAAGAAGAAACCGAAAAUCUUCAUGGCCAACUACUGCCGGGGAAGAAGCAUAGAGAAAGUGGAUUUUGACGACAAAAGAGUCGAAGUCACACAAGACAUUGUGACGAUUCAUGCAACCACAGAAGGAGUGAUGGCGCUCAGGUCCCGUGACAAAGGCACUAUCUUCAUCAAAUGUCUGUGUGAUGUGCUGAGGGACAUUAAAGGCACCAUAGACCUGAGGACAAUUUAUGGCAGGCUGUACCUUAGCAUGAUGCGCUGUGGAGGCACAAAACCCAUGUGGGAAGACGUGGGAUUCAGAAACUUUUACUUUCAAAGAUAAUUAUGCACUUGUCUUUGUAACAUAACUAUAUCCCACCAGCUUUCUUUAAAAGAUAACGUUUAUACCACCAAGCGUAGUUGCUUUUAAAGAAUGUCGCAGACAUCGCGGGAUAGAUAUAAUCAACUGUACCAAGAUAUCUUCACUUGACUUUACUGAUUCACUGUCCUUCCCACCUCCAAAAAUCAAGUCCUGAUCGUUGAAUUUCUUGCUUUCAUAUACAUUACCAUGUUCAUACUCCAAAAGCAUGUGAAAUACCAGGGACCGCUAUUUUUCUUCACUUACUCCCCUCAUUUACACAAUAUUUAAACAAACCCUUAACCUGUCUAAUUUCUUUCGUCAUGCCCUAACCAUCUCAACAAUCUCUCUCUCAUUUUUUAAUUAUGUGUCUUACCACAGCAAUGAUGGUAUGAAAUAUAUCUUAUAUAUGGGAAUUUCAAGAUUUGCGACUGAGAAAUGUUUUAAGAGAACAAUGCACGUGUUAUUCCUUGGUAUAUAUAUGUAUAUAUUAAACCUAGAAUAAUCAUAUGAUUAUAAGUAAUGUGUUACGAGCUUGUGUCAUUAUUUUCCACCACACUUAUCGUUUCAUACUCAGGAAGACCCAAGGAAGGAAACACAGUCAUUCUCUCUCCUCUAACACACUUUAUUCACGUUCUUAUGAGGGAACUGCAACAUGAAAACUCCGGAAGUGUUGCAGGUGAGUGUGGGAUUCUCACACCCCAGCACCUGUCUUGUCAGGAGGUGGGUGUGAGGGACUCACACCCCAGCACCUGUCUUGUCAGGAGGUGGGUGUGGGGAUGACUCACACCCCAGCAUCUGUCUUAUCAGGUGGGUGUGUGGGACUCACCCCAGCAUCUGUAUUUUGUCAAGAGGUGAGUGUGGAGGACUCGCGCACCUCAGGUCUUGUCUAGGUGGUGCCUUCAUUGUGAAUGGCUCUUGAUCCAGGGAAUUAGAACUAUCCUCAUCAUCCUAGAAUCCAACCUAAUUGUUUCUCAUUGCCAGGUACUGCAAGAUGACUUAAGAAUUUAGUGUUUCCCGGUGAAACAAAGAACUUAUACUAGGUACUGAAGAUUUAACAAAUGCAAGAUUAUCUGGUACUCAUAUUAGUAUUAUAAUCAACUGGAAGUGCUAAACCUACCAGGGUCAUACAGUGCUCUAGAGUAGGAAGUGAUGCAGGAUCUAAUGAUAAAUAAGAGUGGAGAUGACAAUAGAGGUAAAGUUAGGAGGGGCUGUGAGGAGUGCUAAAGGAAGGAUUAUCAAAGUUUGUGUAAUAAAUCAGUUGCUGUCAAAAAGUCGAAGAUGGAGUCUGUCAAAUGGGGGAAAAUAAAGUAAGGGAGUUAGAGCGGUGACAGCGUCGGAGGAGAAUUCUGCAUGUUCGUUGAUAGACAGGACAGUCCAAGAGAAUAUGAGAAAUUGAAACAGGAACUAGACAAUUCUCACAAAGUGGAACAGGACGCCUCUCCAUGAAAUACCCAUGAGUUAGACGAGUGUGUCCCAUGCGAAGACGAGAAUGUUAUCUCCCAACCUCAGUGGCAUUCCUAUACUCCACUGCUACUCUCAUACGCCAUCACUAGUACUAUUAUACUCCACCACCAGUACUACCAUACUCCAUCACUAGUACUCUCAUACUCCAUCACCAGUACUGUCAUACUCCAUCACUAGUACUAUCAUACUCCACCACUAGUACUCUUGUGAUGUAAUUCAACUAUGCUUGGCAGGUCGUUAAGGGAAACCUAAUUUAACCAAUUAUAUGGUCACACCUUGCCUUAACAAAUGGAUGUCAGACACGCAUUUUCGGCUUAAGUCUGAGGUCUUUUGUUCUUGACGGUGUCAGACAUCGGUGUCAGGUCGUAACACGUGGUCUACGCCUUACAGGGAAUGGGGUGUUUAGAGUACCAUAUAAGCCAGGGAACAGUUGAGCAAGGAAAUUGUUGGAGACAUUUCCCAAGCUUCACUGGAUAGUAGUAAAUGUCGCGAUUGGCUUGACCUGAGGAAAAGCAGUAGCUAGCUCUUGUGCCACCACCAUGCAAGAGGUGGAAGUUGACGUGUGAGGCUGAGUGGAUGAAGGGUGGCCUUGGUGCCUGAGGAGUAUUGUCGUGGUGAAGAUAAGCUGCUUGUUGAGUCGUGAAGUUCCCAGAUGCAGUGCUUUCAACGAGAGGGACCUGCAUGAGCGUUCCUAAACGCCAACGAAGUCCACACAAUGAGACAUGGCCCAAUUUAGGAAGUGCCAGGGUCGGUCAGAAGCCCUGGCUAACCCCUCUUCUAGUAGAAACAGUAGACAGAUCUGGAGGUGAGAUGACAAGAAUACGGCAGUAUAACACAAUGGCCCUAUGUCCUCCUCCGUCGACCCCUUCAUAUUUCUGCUGCCCUUGCCCAAGGAGUUAUAGAGAGCUCCCUGGGUCAAUAGCCUGCACCCUAGUCAAGCCAAUCGCAACAUUUACUACUAUCCAGUGAAGUUUGGGAAAUGAUGUUUAGAGUGGUAUUAGUAUGGUAUCUAUCUCUACUGGUAGGGGAUGAUCUAUUUUAUGUCAGCUGUUGGGAAAAUUAAGUGUUGUAUAUUAUGUGAGCUAGCUCCUUGCCAGGAGGGAUCACAUUAUAGAUAGGAUGUAUUUCCUUUUCAGGUGGAAAACUGUAAACAAAAAUCUUUUCAACAUUAGAAGAGGAUUCAUUUAUGUGAGGGAUGGGAGGUUUUCUUUUAGUUCCUAGAAAUGGGAUAAUGAUGGGUCUUGGUUGUGAUUCCUGCCUUGUCACGAAUGGUCACUGAAAGGUGCAAGAAAAAUGUGACAGUGUGGUCGUGUAAUGGUUCAGUUGCAAGUACUUGAAGGAAUAAUACCCGCUGGAGCUAUUUUCUACGCCAGGAAAACUUUACGAGGUUUGGCUCAAUGGUUAAUCAGCGAGGGUGACUACAGGAGCUAGUUUAUUUCUAGUAAAGUACAAGAAGGCACUGGAGCCCGAUAUUUAGUUUUAAGGAGACAUGACGGAUAAGGAGGUUUCGCACCAGAGUCAUUGUUAUUUGUUUCUUGUGCUAGAAUUUAUUAACUCUACUUAUCUGUGUGAUUUCAUAUUAUUUGCUAUUGUACUGUAAUAGAAUUAAGGGGUUAGGAUUAAAAUAGUCUAAUAACUUAUGACAAUUAUUAUUAUUAUUAUAAUCAAGGGGGAAGCGCUAAACCCGGAGGAUUAUACAGCGCCUGGGGGGGGGGGAUGUGGAAGGCAUUCAGGCUUAAUUCGGGGAACUGGAGCACAGAUCCAAUUCCCUAAAUCAAGAGCCCCUCACCAACAUCAAGGAACUUUCCUUGAGGGGAACUUAUGACAAAUUGUCCUAGUUCUCAGAUAUUUUAAACUGGGGUGAUGUAGUUCAACUAUGCAUGGUAGGUCGCUAAGGGAGACCUAAUUUAACCAAUUAUAUGGUCACACCUUGCCUUAGCAAAUGGAUGUCAGACACGCCUUUUCGCUUAAGUCUGAAGUCUUUUGUUCUUGACGGCAUCAGACCUCGGCAUCAGGUCGUAACACGUGGUCUACGCCUUAUGGGGAAUGGGGUGCUUAGAUGACCAUAUAAGCCAGGGAACAGCUGAGCAAGGAGGUUGUUGGAGACAGGUCCAGGGAGUGAGAGCUCUGGAAAAGCCGCGUGUGUAGUGGACCAUGCACUGGGAAUCUCGGGUCAGCUGGUCGGUGAAUUAAGAGUGAGUACUAUUCAGUGUUACUGAUAACAUCUACCUUCCCUCUGGUAAUAAAUCUCAUAGGGCAAUUGUUAUCUUAUGUAAAUUUCCAUCAGGAUAUGUCGUAUUCUAGCCCUUUUAUGUUAAGUAAACUAUAACCAUAGUUCCCAUUUGUAUUUGUACCUUCAUAUGCUAUUCCCUUUUCUGUUAAGCACUGGGAUUAACACAGGAGACGUGCUCACUUGCUGGGAUACUUCAGGCAGAGUGGGUAAAUGUCUCACUCUCAUACUCCAUCACUAGUACCAUCAUACUCCAUUACUAGUACUAUCAUACUCCAUUACUAGUACUAUCAUACUCCACUAGUGUAGACAGCCAUUUCUGUCUGCUAGAUUCAUAUCCUGCGGCACUACGGUGCUGCCCUCUCUAGGCCUGCCCAGGUCAAUGGGACGCUAUGCUCAUUUGCUCUCACUUCACGGCCUACCCUCAUGGGUUCAACAAUCUCCCCUCCAUGGACUGGCUAUCGGUCAUUCCCUCAUUUUGCCCAUUGUGUACUCAAUCCUUUCCACUUAACGUCAAACUAGUCUAUGGCAGUAUCUUUGAAACCUACGCUAUCCCGUCGGUACUAAACCGCUGUUCAACAGCAAGAAAAGUAAUAAUACUAGUGCUCUCAUACUCCACUAGUACUCACAUACUCCACCACUAGUACUAUCAUACUCCAUCACUAGUACUAUCAUACUCCAUCACUAGUACUGUCAUACUCCACCACUAGUACUGUCAUACUCCACCACUAGUGAUCUCAUACUCCACUAGUACUCUCAUACUCCGCCACUAGUGCUCUAAUACCCCACCACUAGUAAUAUCAUACUCCAUCACUAGUACUAUCAUACUCCACCACUAGUGCUCUAAUACUCCAAUACUAGUACUAUCAUACUCCAUCAUUAGUACUAUCAUACUCCAUCACUAGAACUAUCAUACUCCAUCACUAGUACUGUCAUACUCCACCAAUAGUGCUCUCAUACUCCACUAGUACUCUCAUACUCCACCACUAGUGCUCUAAUACUCCACCACUAGUAAUAUUAUACUCCAUCACUAGUACUAUCAUACUCCAUCACUAAUACUAUCAUACUCCAUCACUAGUACUAUCAUGCUCCACCACUAGUACUAUCAUACUCCACUAGUACUAUCAUACUCCACCACUAGUAUUAUCAUACUCCAUCACUGGUAUUAUCAUAAUCCUUCACUAGUACUAUCAUAAUCCAUCACUAGUACUUUCAUACUCCACUAGUGCUCUCAUACUCCACCACUAGUGCUCUCAUACUCCACCACUAGUACUCUCAUACUCCACUACUAGUACUCUCAUACUCCACUACUAGUACUAUCAUACUCCAUCACUAGUACUAUCAUAGUCCAUCGCUAGUACUAUCAUACUCCACCAAUAGUGCUCUCAUACUCCACUAGUACUCUCACAUUCCACCACUAGUACUAUCAUACUCCAUCACUAGUACAAUCAUACUCCAUCACUAGUACUAUUAUACAUCACUAGUACUCUCAUACUCCACCACGAGUACUGUCAUACUCCACCACGAGUAAUAUCAUACUCCAUCACCAGUAGUAUCAUACUCCAUCACUAGUAGUAUCAUACUCCAACACGAGUGCUAUCAUACUCCAUCACUAGUAUUAUCAUACUCCAUCAAUUGUACUAUCAUACUCCACUCGUACUAUCAUACUCCAUCACUAGUACUAUCAUACUCCACUAGUACUAUCAUACUCCAUCACUCGUGCUAUCAUACUCCAUCACUAGUACUCUCAUACUCCAUCACUAGUAUUAUCAUACUCCAUCCCUAGUACUAUCAUACUCCAUCACUAGUACUAUACUCCAUCACUAGUACUAUCAUACUCCAUCACUAGUACUCUCAUACUCCACUAGUACUAUCAUACUCCAUCAUUAGUACUCUCAUACUCCACUAGUACUAUCAUACUCCAUCAUUACUCUCAUACUCUACUAGUACUAUCAUACUCCAUAACUAGUACUAUCAUACUCCAUCACUAGUACUCUCAUGCUCCAUCACUAGUACUAUCAUACUCCAUCAUUAGUACUCUCAUACUCCACUAGUACUAUCAUACUUCAUCACUAGAACUCUCAUACCCUACUAGUACUAUCAUACUCCAUAACUAGUACUAUCAUACUCCAUCACUAGUACUACCAUAUUCCAUCACUAAUACUAUCAUACUCCACUACUAUCAUAUUCCAUCACUAGUACCCUCAUACUCCAUCACUAAUACUCUCAUACUCCAUCACUAGUACUAUCAAACUUCACUAGUACUAUCAUACUCCAUCACUAGUACUAUCAUACUCAUCACUAGUACUAUCAUACUCUAUCACUAGUACUCUCAUACUCCAUCACUAGUACUCUCUGUGAGGGAAAAGUUCAAUAGAUAGGAGUAGCAAGGGAGUGUAUAGUAACAAUAGUUUCAUUGCCGGCUGCUUGUUAAGGUAGGGUCAGUCUAGCUCCCGCUAUCCCUUCCCCUCCCUCUUCCCCCUCUCCCCGAAAGGUGACGUGUGGGGCUCCGGUCAAACAGUAAAUCACUCGACUCACAGCUCCCAACACUUUUGUUGGUACAUGCCUGAUCAUAUUUUAGUGGACUUAUUGGUUGAAAGCUUCACUUUUGACCAAUAAUUAGCUUAGUCCUUUCAGUCUUUAGCUGUUAAAUGUUUUAAUAAUCACCACAUCUUUUAGGUAUUGUACUUAUCAUGGAGAGUGAUUUCUUAAGCAGUGGGUAAUCUGUCUCUCUUUACAGAUUGGAAUGACAGAGAGGGUCACCUGCCAACCAACGAGAAGAAUAGAAGGAGACGGACUAACGUCCUGAGACGUCCCAUGUUUAAUCUACUUACCUGUUAUGUAAGCCAACGCAGGACCUAACCCCUCAUCAUAGCAGUGGUAACGAACCUGUUUUCCUGUCAUCUGAAGUAAUUACUCACGGCCAUACUCUGUGAAGAACGAGCCGGUGGUGGUCACCAACACCUGCUACCCUUCCCUCCCACAUCAGCAAUGGCUACGAUUUCAACAACACGCAGUGUCACCAACACCUGACACCCCAUUACCACGAUAUACCUAUAUUACCGUUGAGUUCAAAUGUAAUCUUUUUAAUUUCAUUUUUCAUUUUUCUUUCAAUUAGGAUACCCAUUCAUGUUUUAUUGUUUUACAUUUUCCAUUUCUAAAUAAUAAAAUGUUUAUCAUUGUCUGUUAUUAUUUCUUUUACUAUUCAUUAAUUUUCCUGAGGAGGAGCCAGCCUUGGUAAUGCUGACUGAAGUUGUUUCAGGGCUAAGUAAGCCUUCACACUCUCAUACUCCAUCACUAGUACUAUCAAACUCCAUCACUAGUAGUAUCAUACUCCAUCACUAGUACCAUCAUUCUCCAUCACUAGUACUAUCAUACUCCAUCACUAGUACUAUCAUACUCCAUCACUAGUACUAUCAUUCUCCAUCACUAGUACUAUCAUACUCCAUCACUAGUACUAUUAUACUCCAUCACUAGUACUAUCAUUCUCCAUCACUAGUACUAUCAUAUUCCAUCACUAGUACUAUUAUACUCCAUCACCAGUACUAUCAUACUCCAUCACUAGUACUGUCACACUCCACCAGUACUAUCAUACUCCAUCACCAGUACUAUCAUACUCCAUCACUAGUACCAUCAUUCUCCAUCACUAGUACUAUCAUACUCCAUCACUAGUACUAUCAUACUCUAUCACUAGUACUUUCAUACUCCAUCACUAGUACUAUCAUACUCCAUCACUAGUAAUAUCAUACUCCAUCACUAGUUCUAUCAUACUCCAUCACCAGUACUAUCAUACUCCAUCACUAGUACUGUCACACUCCACCAGUACUAUCAUACUCCAUCACUAGUACUUUCAUACUCCAUCACUAGUACUAUCAUACUCCAUCACUAGUACUUUCAUACUCCAUCACUAGUACUAUCAUACUCCAUCACUAGAACUUUCAUACUCCAUCACUAGUACUAUCAUAUUCCAUCACUAGCACUCUCAUACUCCAUCAGUAGUACUAUCAUACUCCAUCACUAGUACUAUCAUACUCCAUCACCAGUACUAUCAUACUCCAUCACCAGUACUAUCAUACUCCAUCACUAGUACUGUCACACCCCACCAGUACAAUCAUACUCCAACACUAGUACUAUCAAACUCCAUCACUAGUACUAUCAUACUCCAUCACCAGUACUAUCAUACUCCAUCACUAGUACUGUCACACUCCACCAGUACUAUCAUACUCCAUCAGUAGUACUUUCAUACUCUAUCACUAGUACUAUCACACUCCAUCACUAGUACUAUCAUACUCCAUCACUAGUUAACCCUGGUGCAUAAGCCGUACUAGUACGUCGGAAACCCUGAAAGGGUUAAAGCUCAAGCUCUGUGAAAUGUUUCAUGGAGUAUUUUGGUUGCCCAAAAUAAGUUUCCACAUCUAUGUUUGGAGCACUAGUGGUAACAAUGUAGAUCUACAUUUGGACAGUUUAAGUGUUAACCACAAGUGCAAGUUUUUACAGACGAGUCUUCCGCUAGCAUGGCCGUGUCAUUACGAUUUUGUGAGUCAUGUUGACGGCUUUGAGGGGACUUGAGCUAGAGUUCGUCAUGGCCAUGCUAGCGGGAGAUUCGUCUGUAAGGGCUUGCAUAAGUGCUAACCCUUGAACUGUCCAAAUGUAGAUCUACGUUUGCACGCGUAGAGCUCCGAACGUAGAUCUAUGUUUUAUUUUUCAUUCAUUCAGAUUUGGUGCAAUAGGCUUGAGUCACCUAGACAUGAAAGAAUGGGUCUGUGCACUCAGUGUGCACAGUAUUUAAAAAAUCCGGGACCGCUUAGUAUCUUGUGGGAGCACCAGUUCAACUGAGCGCUAACUAGAGCAUAUAGCAUGGCAAACACCAGGGUUUCAUUGAUGCCAUGUCGCAUUAACACUCCCCUUUCAAGAGGAAAGUAAAAAUAGGUUAGAUAAAUACAUGAGUGAGUGUGGGUGGGUGUGAGUUGGACCUGACUAGCUUGUGCUACUAGGUCUGAUGUCGUGCUUUCUUCAGUGGAUGUGACCUGACUAGGUGGGUCAUUGGUCUAAGCCAGAGGGGGUGACAUGGACCUGCCUUGCAUGGGCCAGUAGGCCUGCUGCAGUGUUCCUUCUUUCUUAUGUUCUUAUAUUCUUAUCAUACUCCAUCACCAGUACUAUCAUACUCCAUCACCAGAACUUUCAUAUUCCAUCACUAGUACUAUCACACUCCAUCACUAGCACUCUCAUACUCCAUCAGUACUAUCAUACUCCCUCACCAGUACUAUCAUACUCCAUCACCAGAACUUUCAUACUCCAUCACUAGUACUAUCAUACUCCAUCAUUAGUACUCUCAUACUCCACUAGUACUAUCAUACUUCAUCACUAGUACUCUCAUACCCUACUAGUACUAUCAUACUCCAUAACUAGUACUCUCAUACUCCAUCACUAAUACUCUCAUACUAAAUCACUAGUACUAGCAAACUCCGUCACUAGUACUAUCAUACUCCAUCACUAGUACUAUCAUACUCCAUCACUAGUACUAUCAUACUCCAUCACCAGUACAAUCAUACUCCACCAGAACUUUCAUACUCCAUCACUAGUACUAUCAUACUCCAUCACUAGCACUCUCAUACUCCAUCAGUAGUACUAUCAUACUCCAUCAUUAGUACUCUCAUACUCCACUAGUACUAUCAUACUUCAUCACUAGUACUAUCAUACCCUACUAGUACUAUCAUACUCCAUCACUAGUACUAUCAUACUCCAUCACUAGUACUAUCAUACUCCAUCACUAGUACUAUCAUACUACACUAGUACUCUCAUACUCCACCAUGAGUACUGUCAUACUCCACAACGAGUACUAUCAUACUCCAUCACCAGUAGUAUCAUACUCAAUCACUAGCACUCUCAUACUCCAUCACUAGUACUAUCAUACUCCAUCACCAAUACUAUCAUACUUCAUCACUAGUAUUAUCAUACUCCAUCACCAGUAGUAUCAUACUCUAUCACUAGUACAAUCAUACUCCACUAGUACUAUCAUACUCCAUCACCAGUAGUAUCAUACUCCAUCACUAGUACUAUCAUACUCCAUCACCAGUAGUAUCAUACUCCAUCACUAGUACUAUCAUACUCCAUCACCAGUAGUAUCAUACUCCAUCACUAGUACUAUUCUCCAUCACUAGUACUAUCAUACUCCAUCACUAGUACUAUCAUACUCCAUCACCAAUAGUAUCAUACUCCAUCACUAGUACUAUCAUAUUCCAUCACCAGUAGUAUCAUACUCCAUCACUAGUAGUAUCAUACUCCAUCACUAGUACCAUCAUUCUCCAUCACUAGUACUAUCAUACUCCAUCACUAGUACUAUCAUUCUCCAUCACUAGUACUAUCAUACUCCAUCACUAGUACUAUUAUACUCCAUCACUAGUACUAUCAUUCUCCAUCACUAGUACUAUCAUACUCCAUCACUAGUACUAUCAUACUCCAUCACUAGUACUAUCAUUCUCCAUCACUAGUACUAUCAUACUCCAUCACUAGUACUAUUGUACUCCAUCAGUAGUACUAUCAUUCUCCAUCACUAGUGCUAUUAUACUCCACUAGUACUGUCAUUCUCCAUCACUAGUACUAUCAUACUCCAUCACUAGUACUAUCAUUCUCCAUCACUAGUACUAUCAUACUCCAUCACUAGCACUAUCAUACUCCAUCACUAGUCCUAUCAUACUCCAUCACUAGUACUAUCACACUCCACUAGUACUAUCAUUCUCCAUCACCAGUAGUAUCAUACUCCAUCACUAGUGUUCUCAUACUCCAUCACUAGUACUAUCAUACUCCAUCACUAGUACUAUCAUACUACAUCACUAUUACUACAUACUCCAUCACUAGUACUAUUAUUCUCCAUCAGUAGUAUCAUACUCCAUCACUAGUACUAGCAUACUCCAUCACUAGUACUAUCAUUCUCCAUCACCAGUAGUAUCAUACUCCAUCACUAGUACUAUCAUGCUCCAUCACUAGUACUAUCAUACUCCAUGACUAGUACUAUCAUACUCCAUCACUAGUACUAUCAUACUCCAUCACUAGUACUAUCAUACUCCAUCACUAGUACUAGUAUACUCCAUCACUAGUACUACCAUACUCCAUCACUAGUACUAAACUCCAUCACUAGUACUAUCAUACUCCAUCACUAGUACUAUCAUACUCCAUCACUAGUACUAUACUCCAUCACUAGUACUAUCAUACUCCAUCACUAGCACUAUCAUACUCCAUCACUAGUACUAUCAUACUGCAUCACUAGUACUAUCACUCCAUCACUAGUACUAUCACACUCCAUCACUAAUACUAUCAUUGUCCAUCACCAGUAGUAUCAUACUCCAUCACGAGUACUAUCAUUCUCCAUCACCAGUAGUAUCAUACUCCAUCACUAGUACUAUCAUACUCCAUCACUAGUACUAUACUCCAUCACUAGUACUAUCA